CCCGGAAGUGAAGCAGAAAGGAGGGGAGUUGACUCGACCAGUGAUUUAUCUAGUGAUAAAACCUGACUGGGCUUGACGACCGAGGGGGAUGGGCGAAAGAGGAUCGCAUGGUCACUGAGGUGUAAGAGUUGUCGGUUCGUAAGACUGAGGUUCCAUCUUGGUGAGAAUGACGAUGGCACACGCAGGGGCUGUAGUUGCUGCGGUUAGCGCUGUGAUGGCAAUUCUGCUGCACUCCUCCAUACACAAGAUCGAGGAAGGACACCUGGCUGUAUACUACAGAGGUGGGGCUCUGUUGACCACGCCCAAUGGCCCCGGCUACCACAUCAUGCUGCCCUUCAUCACCACGUACAGAUCAGUGCAGACGACGUUACAAACGGAUGAAAUAAAGAACGUGCCCUGUGGAACCAGUGGGGGCGUCAUGAUCUAUUUCGACCGGAUAGAAGUGGUGAAUAUGCUGGUUCCUUCUGCAGUGGUGGACAUUGUGAAGAACUACACUGCUGAUUAUGACAAGACGCUGAUAUUUAACAAGAUCCACCAUGAGCUGAACCAGUUCUGCAGCGUUCACACCCUCCAGGAGGUUUACAUUGAGCUCUUCGAUAUCAUUGAUGAGAACCUGAAGAUCGCCCUCCAGAAGGACCUGAACGUCAUGGCUCCUGGCCUCACCAUCCAGGCUGUCCGUGUCACAAAGCCCAAGAUUCCAGAGGCAAUCCGAAGGAAUUUCGAGCUGAUGGAGGCGGAGAAGACGCGGCUCCUCAUCACGGCUCAGACGCAGAAGGUGGUUGAGAAGGAGGCAGAGACUGAGAGGAAGAAGGCUAUCAUUGAGGCCCAGAAGAUGGCUGAAGUUGCUGAGAUUCAUUUUCAGCAGAAGGUUAUGGAGAAGGAGACUGAGAAGAAGAUUUCAGAGAUUGAAGAUGCUGCUUUCCUGGCCAGGGAAAAAGCCAAAGCUGAUGCAGAAUACUACACAGCGGCCAAAUUCGCUGAAGCCAACAGGCUCAAGCUGACCCCAGAGUACCUGGAGCUCAUGAAGUAUCAGGCCAUCGCAGCAAACAGCAAGAUCUACUUCGGCCAGGACAUACCUAACAUGUUUGUGGAUAACAGUGAUCGCCGACAUGGCACUCUACACAAGCCUGACCUCACGGAGCUCCUGGGGAGCGUGGAAAAGGGGGAGCGGCCCGGGAGGACCCAGCGGGCCCCAGCCAAUACGGAGUCUGCUGCCUGAGGGGCGGAGCCUGCAGGGGGUGGGGUGUUCUCCCUGUAAACAGAGGGGGUGUGGCAUGCUUCUUUGUUUUGUUUUUGAAGAGUGUGUGUGUGUGUGUGUGUGUGUGUGUGUAUGUAUGUAUGUAUGUAUGUUGGGGGGGGGGGGUGGCAUGUAGCUAUGCAGUCAGAUCAAUGCACAAGGACAACUGCCGUUAGAUCGGUGAAAUAGAUCAUCAAACGCUACCUGAUACACUCUGAAUGGACGUGACGGCCAACUACCACUGGACCAUCGAUAAAAAAAGACUCUGUGCUGCGGACAGCCAGCUUCUUCGUGUCGUCGUGUUUUAUUUCUGCUGGAUUUUAUAUGCAAAUUCUGCCUUGGCCCUGCUAAUUUUUAUGUCACAUGCAGUAUCUGAUUUUCCCACUUAUUUCUGGGAGGGGAGACAGCUGUAACCUGUCAUUAAAUCAAACUGGAACGAUCAGGCUUCAUGCUAAUUAGAGAUGCUCGUUGUGUGUCUGUAAAUGGGAGAGCGUGUUUGUGGCGAUGUGCUGAAGGUGUUGCGCUUGCUGGCUGAUGUGGGAGGUGUGGCUCCUGGUGCGGCUUGAGUCUGAUUGGUUGGAUGCAAAUCAGCUAAUGCAGAGUUUGGUGAUCUGCUGGCGGUGUGCAGGGGUGAAGCUUCCUGCUUUCUCAGCUUAUGAUGCAUAAGUCAAAGACCGGGCUAAUUCCCACUAGUCCAGUUACCCAGGAACUACCUGUCAGUGUAAAACCAGGCAGCAGGGCUGGUCACUGAGGUGGAGCUGAGUGGCUUUGAGUGAAUUUCCAGAGGGCUGUCAGCCUGAGACGGCUUCAUGCAUUCUGAAUGGAGAUUGCUUGGCUGGGAAUUGACUUGUUAAAAACUUAGAAGUGCUUGCUGGAUACAAAACAGAAAUUAAUGACCUUAUAAGUUGAGGAGCCUCAUCAUUUUCUAGGACCAUUGUGGUUCACCUCCAUGCCUGACUGGGGAGUGUGUGUAGAAGUGACAUUUGCUUUUUUUUUUUUUUUUUUUAAUAAAAAAAAAAAAAACGAAAAAAGACAAAUAACUAUUUGUGGAUGCAAGUCACUGAAAGGGCCUGAUACAGUGGGUGUCUAUGGUGUCGUCACUUCAGAAAGGAAGUUUCCUUGGGCAGGAACUUAUGACAAUGUUUGAAGCAUUUUCUCCUCAUGACCUGCUGGCUGGUUACCGCACUUUGAUUUAGUCAUCAUGCUAAUUUGUGUAAUGGCUCCCAUAGAUUGAAGCAGCUUCCGCUAUCAUUACUGUGGCACAGCAUGCAUGGCACUGUGGGUCUCACUAGGGGGAGCCCUUGUACUCCCAUGCUGGUAGGAAGGGUUAUUUUAUUGCUCUGGAUGUUGGUGGUGACUGGUGCUUGGCUAGCAGAGUGUGAAGCUGCAAAGUGUGAAUCCAUGCUCAGUAUCUCUUAGUGUUUUCAUUGUUAAUGUGUUAGCUAAGGAGACAUGCCCCAGAUAUCUUUUUGAAUAGACUGGAUUUUAAUUUUCUUUCUGUUAAGGUGUUUACUGGGCUAAGAGGGCUCCAGAGUUGAAAUACACAAAUUGAAAUUGCUAAUCUUAGGUCUCUCUUAGUUGUAGAUGUUGAUUAAAAGUUUAGUGCUGGCUUGAGUUUGUGGUGAUGGAACUGAAGACGGCUGCAUUGAAAGGGAGGCAAAAUGUUACAAACGUUGACAACAUUGUCCUCUUUUUGAUGCUGGAAAACAGUCACAUCCUGUCCCUUUAGAGCUGUAAUUUGGCGAGUGGUAGGGUGUUAACACACCAGACAUCAGUUACAAAGGCUGUGUGCUCCCUAAGAGAGAGAGAAUUGCACAUCUGAGUCGUUUUGGGGUCAUUUGUUGACACUAAGAACCUUGGCUGAUCUUUCUGUAAGAUGUGGUCAAAAAAGUCAAACUGGACCAAGAGCCCCUACAUGCUGUCUCCUCCCAACCAGUCUCCUGAUUCCUCAAGGGUCUCGGUAACAUCCCUAAUAACUCAGCACUUGUUCUGUGCUAAAUAUUUUUUCUUUGGAAAUCUCUCAUUAUUUGAAUGUUGUGGUAAUGGCAUCCUUUCCUGACUUAGUAUUGUGAUUCAUCAGGUGGAAUUAAAUUUUCAUAAACUUGUACUACUUUGUGAAUGUUACUUUUUGUACAAUCUGCGUAAUUUGAACAGGAUCUCAUUUUAAAACCUUUUUAUGCAAAAAAUAAAGACCGUUUGCAAAAUUUUCACAGAAAAUAAACCUAUUUUGAUAUCA